AUGUUCCAUGUCCACUUUAGCGACCACGUGCUCAACGACUUCAACACCCUUUUCAAAUCCCUCCCUCCCAACCGAGACUACCACGUGUCGGGUGUCCCGAGCACUUUCCACGGCCGACUUUUCCCACGAGACUACCUUCAUAUCGUGCACUGCUCGUUGGUUCUGCAUUGGCUUUCCCGUGCAUCCACCGUCAAAAACUCGGGCAAGAUAUUUUACACUGGAGCUCCUCAGGAAGUGAUAGAAGCGUAUUUACGACAGCAUGCUUAUGAUAUGUCCAAGUUUCUCGAUGCGCAGGCCCAGGAAGUGGUCUCGGGGGGGCUGGUCAUGCUCGUCAUGCCAGCUUGCCCGGAUGGGGUCCCGCACUCGAAAUUCCUUGUCAGUGUUUUCUUCGAUAUGUUGGGAGAUUGCCUGGUCGAUCUGGCGAGAAAGGGAAUAAUUGAAGAGAAUAAGGUGGACGAGUUCAACUUGCCGAUGUUUUUCACAUCUCCACAGGAGUUUGAACAGACGAUGAAGCAAAACCAAGGUUUUAGUAUGGAGAGGAUGGAGGUUUUGCCUGAGGUGAACGGCAAAGAACUUUUUCCAAGACAUGUCCCUCACCGUGCGAGCAACCAGAGGAGUUAG